GUUGGGAUAAGAACUAUAUGAUAUCGGGAUAUCAUGUCGCCGUCUACUUUCGAAGAAUCUAUAGGCGUGGUCAUUGACCUUGGCUCUAAAUUCACAAAAGCGGGAUUCGCUACCGAGUCUUCUCCGAGAACAAUCUUUCCUACUGCCGUUGGACGAUUUAGACAUCAAGCUCUUUUAGAUGGUAUCCCGCAGUUCUUUUUUGGGAAUGAAGCAAUACAGAAGCAGGGUAUAUCAAAGCUCAACUGGCCAGUGGAAAGCGGUAUCAUUAAGGACUGGGAUGAGAUAGAGAAGCUAUGGCAUCAUACUUUCUUCCAGGAACUACUUGUGCCCCCGGAGAACACUAGGGUCUUGCACACUGUGCACCCACAAAUCCCUAGAGGAGACAGAGAAAGAAUGGCCGAGACAAUGUUUGAAUCUUUCGCUAUCAAUUACCUUUAUGUGGUAAAGAUUCCAGUUUUAGUGUUGCACGCGAGUGGUCGGACCACAGGCGUCGUGUAUGAAAACGGAGCCGAAUGUGCUUACGUCGCGCCAAUAUAUGAAGGAUUUCCGUUAAAACAUGCUAUCGAAGUCUCAACACUAACCGGAGAGAAGCUCACCGAUAUACUAACUAAGUCGCUGAGCGCUAUAGGAUACUCAUUCACCACACCGGUUGAAAGACAGAUCGUCAAUGAUAUGAAGGCCAAGUUGUGCUAUGUACCCUUACAAUAUGACGAAGAAAUGAACUUACGCGGCAAUAAUCAAGUUAAAUACGACUUACCCGACGGGCAACAAGUGAUAAUUGGCAACGAACGGUUUAAAUGUCCAGAGGUAUUCUUCCAGCCUUCACUCCAUGACUUCAACUGUCCGAAUGUAGUCGAAAACAUUUGCAAGAGUAUUGAGAGAAGUGAAACUGAAUAUCAGAAGCUGUUUUACGAAAAUAUUGUUAUUUCUGGUGGGACUACCAUGUUGAAAGGUUUAGCUGACCGACUGCUUGGGGAAUUGUCUCGAAGGCCCAAAUUACAAGCCAACACGAAGGUAGGAAUUGAUGAGAUGCCGUAUCCUCAGAAUCUGGCUUGGACGGGCGGCUCGAUAGUUGCGUCGCUGCAAAGCAGCAAGGGCUUCUGGAUCUCUAAGCAAGAGUACGACGAUAUUGGCGGAGACGUAGUUAAUUACAAGUUUUUUUAGUUUAUAGCACCCUUCGAAAGAUUUACAACCUUGUUACGAGUAAGUUUUAAGGUUUAUAAAAUAUAUCCACAAAUACAGACAUUUCAAUUUAGUCUACCG